UUUGCCACAAGUUUUUGAGUAGCAACUAGCCAACUAAGGCGGUCAAAUUACAAGACUAGGAAAAGUAUAAUGUUUCCAAAAGACGAGACACAACAGAAAAUCAUCAGACACAUCAAUAGCUACAUCCCUGCCUUCACCGACUUAUUUGAUGAAGAGACAUUUUAUAUCUUUGUUUUUGUCACAAUAAUGUGUUGUAUUGUGCUGGCAUUCAUGAUGUCUCGGUUUAUAAAGCUGGAGGAUAUGGGUGACCCUCAUCUUGACUGAUCUCAAUUAUACUCUAGAUAAUAUUGCUGGUAUCCAUAGCAACAAAGACAUAAUAUUCAAGCCAUAGCAACAAAAAAAAUCAAAAAUGGUUGAAUCUUGUAAGAAAACGUGUACUGUGGGAACGAUCAUCUUAACAAAUUUUGCCGAUUUGGCCAUAGCAACAGUCCUUUUUUGCCAUGGGAAUGAAUUUUAUAAACAUUUCAUCAAUGGUUUCUAUGGUUACCAGUUUGGAACGUCCAUGUUUGACUUAUGGGUAUAUAGUCUUGUGAGAGUUACGAUAUUGUUAGGCACAUGCCUUGCUAUUAUAUACAAUGCUAAAAGUUCUAUAGAACGUAUACAAAAAGUGCAAUACAAGGGCUUAAUUGCCAUCAUCGCAGUGUUGAUGUGGUCAGUGACACUGAUCAAAAUGCUAGUCCAUUCUGAGAUUAAAAAUGAGAUGAAGGAUCCAUGGUUUUGGAGCAUGUUCGGCUUCACCUUAUUUGGCACAGUUAUGUUCUACACCCAAUGGGUCAUAUUAGGAAAUAUAACACUCCCUCAAACAAUACCAACCCCAGGGGCUAAAAUAAAUGAGACUGAUGCAGAGCGACAACCAUUGCUAGGUAAUAACACCAGUAACCAUAGUGACAGUAAAUCACCGAGUAAAAGUGAUGAGAAAGAGGUUAAAGGGAGUUUCAGCGCAGUAAGGAGGUUGCUGUCUAUGUCUAAGACAGACUGGUUCAUCAUCUUACCAGCAUUUACCUUUCUUUGUGUAGCAGCAGUGUCUGAAAUAUUUGUGCCGUUUUAUACUGGGAAAGUUAUAGAUGGCAUUGCGAUUGAAAAAGAUCAACAGAAGUUUACGUCAGCAAUCAUUAAGAUGUCACUUCUCAGUAUCUCAAGUGCCAUAGCAACUGGUUGUCGAGGAGGGUUAUUCUCUCUUGCUAUAGCGAGGCUAGAUAUUCGAGUACGUAAUUUCCUGUUUAGCUCUCUGCUGAAACAAGAUGUUGGCUUUUUUGACUCAACAAGAACCGGUGAGAUGACAUCAAGGCUGACAUCAGAUACAUCCACAAUGAGUGACACGCUGGGACUGAACAUGAACAUUUUUCUACGUAGUUUUGUCAAAGGAAUUGGUGUGUGUAUCUUCAUGUUUAACCUGAGUUGGAGAUUAAGUAUGAUCACAUUUAUAGGACUACCAAUCAUUACUGCUGUUUCAGCCGUUUAUGGAGAUUUUUACGAGAAACUGUCCAAACAAGUGCAGGAAUCUCUGGCUAAAGCCAAUGAAGUGGCAGAAGAAACAUGCUCUUCAAUAAAGACGGUUCGAAGUUUUGCUAAUGAGAUGAACGAGAUUGACCGAUAUGCUGUCAAAUUGAAUGUGACUUACAAAGUCAAACUCAAAGAGUCUGUCACGUAUGCUGGCUAUGUCUGGAUUAAUCAGCUGUUUGCUCUUGGCCUGGUUGUUGGCACAUUAUACUAUGGCGGCCAUCUUGUAGUUAAUGAUGUCCUCACUGGUGGGACGUUGGUCUCAUUCAUUCUAUACCAGAUUGAGCUUGGUGGUGUGAUUGAGGAAAUUGGCUGGGUAUGGACGGGUCUAAUGCAGGCAGCAGGGGCAUCAGCAAAGGUGUUUGAGUAUGUAGACAGAAAGCCUGAAAUUCCAAAUACUAAAAAUGGCAAGACACCUGAGAAACUAGAAGGUCUCAUUGAAUUCAAGGAUGUGACAUUUUCUUACCCAUCAAGGCCAGACACUGAUGUACUGAAGAAUGUGUCAUUCAGUGUUAACCCAGGGGAGGUAGUUGCCCUAGUGGGUCCCAGUGGAGGAGGGAAAUCUUCAUGUGUUAACCUUCUGGAACAUUUUUACGAAACUAAAGCUGGGAAUGUGCUGCUGGAUUCAGUGCCUAUACAGGAUUACGACCAUAGUUAUCUUCAUACAAAAAUUGCAUUGGUUGGCCAAGAACCAGUGCUAUAUGCUAGAUCAAUAGAGGAGAACAUAGCGUAUGGCAUGGAAAAUAUUGGAACAGAGAAGAUACACCAUGCUGCUAAACUGGCCAAUGCUCAUAACUUCAUCAUGGACCUCAAAGAGCAGUAUAAAGCAGAAACAGGCGAGAAGGGGGCGCAGCUAUCAGGAGGUCAAAAGCAAAGAGUGGCAAUAGCCAGAGCUUUAAUCCGUAAUCCAGUCAUUCUUCUCUUAGAUGAAGCCACUAGUGCUCUAGACUCAGAGUCAGAACAUGUAGUACAACAAGCCAUAUAUAACAACAUAGCUGGUAAAACUGUUAUCAUCAUCGCCCAUAGACUUAGCACAGUAGAACGUGCUGAUAGAAUCGUUGUCAUUGAAAAAGGACAAGUUGUUGAACAAGGAAAACAUAGAGACUUAUUACAAAAUGGUGGAAUGUAUUCACAACUUGUUCGUCGCCAGUUGCUAGGGUUUGAGAAUACUCCAAAAGAGAAAGAAUUAACUCAGAGUGAUAUUCAUAGAAUUGAUAGACAAGAGAGUGAGGAUUUGGAAUUGAAGAAUAGAGGUACAACGAGGGGAGAAUCUUCAUCAUUGGUGGACAUUCCCAGAGUGAGAGUUGGCUCUUUAAUAGACACAGGAGUGGGAUCUAUGUAAUUGUAAUUUCCAUAGUACUUUAAUACAUUUGUUUUCCUCUGAGGGAAUUCAAUUGUAAUUUGUUUUUAAGUAGGCCAACAGUUUUGAAUAUCACAUUGGAGAUGUUAUUGGGUAUCAUACCUGCUCUGUGUUGCAGCUGAGUGGUCACCUUAGCAACCAAAUCAUCACUUAAAGCCCCACUAUGCUUACUUCAGAAGAAAAAAGGAUAAAAUAAUCAUUGAAACAUG